AUGACCUACGAAGCCUGGAAGCUCGCCAUCGUCUUUUUGGCAGUAUACGCCCGAAACUUAAAGUAUCUGGUUGAGGCCUCCGACCCUGUUACUGAUGCUAUUCAUGACCUCGAACGAGACCUCCCUAUGAACGCGACGCUCACCAGCAACAUACCUGAUCCUAUCUACUUCAAGUUUGGGUCUGCCUACAACAUCACUCAAGCCGCGAUGGUGUUUCCAGACAACUACACACAGCUCAUCACGGUUCUGACCAUCUGCCACAACUACAAGGUCCCCGUGGCCAUCCGUAGCGGGGAGGGCCACUCCUACAUCGGCCAGAGUAGCGUCAACAACGGCAUCGUCCUCAGCUUGCAGCGGCUCAAGAAUCUCGAUGUUGAAAUGGUCGAUGGCGACUAUAUAGUCCAGAUGGGUGGAGGCCUCAGCUUGAUCGACGUCUACACUAAACUGGCAUAUCAUGAUCCCCCUCUAGGUUUCGCUGGUGGCUGGUUCCCGAGCGUUGGAGUUGGUGGCUUCAUUUCGGGUGGUGGCCACGGUCUGCUCAGCUCCAAGUACGGCAUAGGGGUAGACCGACUUGUGGCCGCUGACGUCGUCAUAUUCAACAAAACAACACAGAUCUUUCAACUUGUCAAGGCCACGUUGACCAACGAGCACGCUGAUCUCAUGUUCGCCAUUCGCGGUGGGAUGGGUGGCAACUAUGGUGUAGUGGUGAAUUUCUACUACAAGGCCUUCGUUGCUGGGACUGUCCUAUUUUCUUCCGGGUCUGUCAAUGAGUCCAGCGUGCGAGGACUGGCUACCUACGUGGACCGCUUCAUGGAGUUUAUGCAAAGGAAUGACUCCUCGGAAGAUUUCUCGGCGGUGCUGAUCUCUCCAAUGCCAGCACCUACUUAUUACUUCUCUAUCUGUACUUGUAACACCACUGACAACUGUUCGAGCUGCUACGCGGUCACUUCAGCGUUCAGAGCUUCUACUGGAAUCAACGGUUCGACAGGCUCCCUGCCCUCCCUGAAGGAGAUGAGCUUGAUUGAAGCACAGUGGGCUUCGUUCCAUUGCCAUCACCUGUAUCCAGUGGAGGGUAUACCUGGUGUCCCGCCGGGGAACUUGACGAUGCUGAUGACUGCUUGCCUCAAUAUCACUCGCCAAGUGUUGAACCAGUUCAGUAUCGAACAGACACAUAACUUCUUCCCCUCGAAGAUUCCUCUAUAUGGACUGGAGGCCAUGGCCGCCAAGCUGUUCAAUGCUGACUGUAGAAGCUAUGGUUGCUUCAAGUACGUAUUGCCAUACACUCACCAGAUGCUCGAGGAGCCGACUGAUUGCCUCCCUGAUCCUGGUCAGAAGUGCACCUCCUUCGACCAUCGACAACGUGGCUUCUCUAUUGAGCACGGCUUCCUAUUAGGUCGUAAUGGAGACCCUUCUAUAGUAGCUAUGCCGUGGGUGAGAAACUUGUCCGAGACUGUGCGGCCCUUCUCCAUCGGCACCAAGUAUCAGAACUAUGUCGAGUCAACCAUGACUCGUGAUGAGUGGAUUCCUCGUUAUUUCCCACAUAAUGGAACAUAUGAGAGGCUCCAGAGGGUUAAGUGCGAGUAUAAUUCUAUAAACAUGUUCAGCUUUGCUAAUAUAAGUAAUUUCACUAUUGGCAUGGAUGGAACUGACUGUGGUAGGCCUACUGGCCUUUGCUGA